AUGAAGUCUCGUCGACCCAGCUGCACUGACUCUGGAUCUGAGUCCUCAGAACCGGACUCCAAGAGCCCAGAGAAGUAUGAGACUGCCACGAGACGACGGAUGGCCGCCAAUGCCAGAGAGAGGAAGAGGAUGCAGGGUUUGAACACAGCCUUUGAUCGCUUACGUAAAGUGGUCCCCCAGUGGGGCCAGGACAAAAAACUGUCCAAGUACGAAACCCUGCAGAUGGCCCUCAGCUACAUCAUGGCCCUCAACCGGAUCCUGACAGACGCCAGGAGGCACAACGCUCCUCACAGGCAGUGGCUGGACCUGCAGUUCGACUGUGUGCAGACAGAAAACUACCCCUGCCUCAUGAGGUACGACUCUCCGACUGGACAGGAGUACAUCCACUCAUCGUUCUCUUAUCAGUUUGACGGACAUCAGGUCCACGCAUAA